AAAGGCAUCAGCUGCGCACCCUCAUCUCUCCUCCGCGAUUCGAGCAUGCAAAUGGCGAACCCAGAGGGUACCUCAACCCCUUGCUUUAGGGCUGCAGAACUCGCUCGCAUACGGUAUCCGACACACGAGGCCAAGGUCGACAACCACCGCGACGAGGUGGACGCGUCCGCAACUGAAGCGGUUGUCUCGCACGGACUCAGAGCGAAUCCGCUUACGGGUCAAUUCUUGACCGUCCUUCUCCCUGAUACGUGAAUUGGCGUCGUGGCUCUGCAUUCGAAUCGUCUCCAUACAGGCUGUAGCCAAAUGGUGAUACAGUCAAGUCUUUGCUUUGGUCUACUGAAAAAGCUCAAACUCAGACAUGAGCUACACACAGUAUAGCCUUGUGCCUUCGCCGGCGUCAAGCAGCUCUCACCCCCCUCCGCCGCGCCAACUUCAUCAGAAUGAUCCAUACUACUCGCAGCCGGCCCACAGCGCCUACGGCGCCGGCUGUGCUUCAGCCCUAGCUUAUAGUUCAACUCAAGGACAGGCUCCUGCGCAAGAAGAAGGGUUCUAUGGCUACCGUGGUCAAUAUAGUAACCCGCACCAAUCACCGCCGCCUCCCAGCCAUACACACCCAGCACCGCAUCCCACACCAGUUCCCUGCCCGUAUCCUAAUACUUCACCAUAUCAACUCAAUCCAGGCCAAGAUCCCAACAUAAGAUCUCACACCCGACCUGGGUACAGUGUACCGGCCCCUAUUUAUGCGCCACCAGGUCCUGAAGGACCAAGUGCCCAGCCGUACGGCGGCUAUCAAGGCUUGCCGGCUCCAACUGUCACGCCCACGCAGCAAGGCGCUUAUCUACAUCAUGCACACUGGCGUCCACCGAAUCCGGCUGCAAGUCUUCCGGGUGCUCCUGCAGCUCCUGUCCCAUUUGACCCCAGCAGGCCUCCCCCAGGCUAUCCCACCAAAGGCGCUCCCUCUGUCCCAAACGGCGCUUCCCCUCACUACAACCAUCCUCCACGGACAUACGGCCCUCCACAACAGUAUGCUCAUGUACCAGGCUCGGGCGCUGCAGCCGCUCCUUACCAAUACGCUCACGGACACCAAGCGCCGACGAUCA